AUUGCGGCGGAAGCGGAGGCCGGAGCCCCAUUAUUGUAGUGUGUCGAUCGAUGGAAUUGGUGAAUGAUGGUUCAAAGAGAAGUGAACGUAUGUCCGUGUUCCUUAAAUCAGGCAUAUAUCAGUUUGAGAACUGCAGCACAAUAUUCAUUGAUCCGGUUGCAGUCCUUAACCGGUCUUAUACUGGUCACAAGGUUUCACCUAGCGCUUACUACUCUCGGUUCUUCGAACACAACCACGACGUCGAAGAAGAAGAUUCAAAGGUUUCUACAAUUUCCAGGAAAAGGAAACGGAAGAAGAAAAGUCCUUGCGGCCUUAACGAAAGAGAACAACGCGCCGACGAGCGCCAUAAGGAGGCGAGGCCUCAUCUAUUGAAGGCACACGAAGCUUUGCUUGAAGCUAAUGAACUCGUGAAGGUUAUUCCGAGCAUGAAAAACGGCUGUUGUUUGGCACGGUGCAUAGACUUGCCAUUUCCCAAUGUAGAGUUGUCGUUUGUGGAGCUUGGAAAUGUUUGGCAAGCCCCCUUGUAUGAAAUGAGCCUCAAUUUUAAUCAGCCUACCCAUUCCUCUACAAAUGAAGGUUUAUCUAAAGCCGAAUUCUGUGAGCAGAAAGUUGUACCUGUGUUUAAUAGUUUAGUUCAAAACGAGACAAGUAUGGAUUUGGAAGCUGAAUUCCUAGGCAGCAAAUACAUACUACCCCGAAAGAGUUGUUUCUACAUGUCUGAUCUGGGGAAGAUUCACGAACUGGCUCCUGAUGAUCAUCAAUGUAGAUUCAAUCUGAUUGUCAUUGACCCACCAUGGGAAAAUAGUAGUGCUCGUCAGAAAAUGAAGUAUCCUACAUUACCUAACAGAUAUCUAUUGUCCCUACCGAUUAAACAACUUGCUCAUAAAAAAGGAGCAAUCGUUGCUCUAUGGGUAACCAAUAGAGAAAAGUUGCGGGAUUUUGUGGAGAAAGAGCUAUUUCCAUCCUGGGGAGUAGUAUACAUAACAACUCUAUACUGGUUAAAGGUGAAACCAGACUGUUCAUUGAUAGGUGAUUUGGAUCUGUUCCACCAUAGGCCUUAUGAAUGCCUUUUGAUUGGAUAUUGUCAUGGAGAGGCUGUAGAUUCUGAAUUGAUCUUGUCUGGAUUAAAGAAUACAAUGCCCCAUAAUCAAGUGAUGAUUAGUGUUCCUGGGGAUUAUUCGAGAAAGCCUCCGGUUGGAGAGUUUUUGAAGAAUUAUUUGCCGGAUUAUGAGAAUGGAAUCGAACUGUUUGCUAGGGAAAUGAUAGGUGGUUGGACUUCAUGGGGUAAUGAAACCCUUCAUUUUCAAGAAUCUAGAUACUUCCAGAAAGUGCCAACAAUAUGAUUAAGAAAUAGCUACAAGUUAGUUAUAUCUUCCAAAUGGUUGAAGUGUUAUUAUUAUUAUUGACAUCGUUUGAAAAGUGUGGUAGUUUCCGGUUAUUUUGGUU